AUGUUGCAUAAUAAAGUAUCUUACAGUAAUAUAAUUUUUCCUUAAACAGCUUUUAACAGGCGGAACGAACAACAGAGGUGUGAUUUUUGGGGAAGUGAAAUCGGGUGCACCAGGUUAAAUGUGAAGUGAAGGGGAGCAGUAUGUCUGCUGGCGUGUGUAUUAAUAUGGCACCGGGUGUCCGAAUAAAAUGUGGACUUUUAAACACUAGGAGUUUAUUUUGUAGUAAAAUAUUUCCACAUGUUGUGUGUUCUCAGACACGGACAGAGGUCAUGUGCUUGAGAGCAGCAGCACAUUCUGCCUCGCAGCACGACGAGAAGUACUGUAUUGAUGUUGUAAGAUUGCGAGACUAUGAAGGGUUUGUGAGUUCUUUGCUUCUUCCUGUGGCGGCUCGUCGCUCCUCCUUGGCACUGAGGGCUUUUAAUGUGGAACUGGCACAGGCAGGUGAAGGACUCUGUGUCUCAGAAGAACCUUGGUCUAAUGCGAAUGCACUUCUGGAAGUCAGCAGUGGAGGACAUUUACAGAGACGAGCCUCCGGUGCAGCCCGUUAGUGCAGAGUUGUGGAGGGCAGUGAGGAAACACAAACUGACGAGAAGAUGGCUGCUGAGAAUCAUAGAUGAAAGAGAAAAGGAUAUGGAGGACCGAGCAUACAGGAAUCUUCAGGAGCUGGAGGCGUACGCAGAGAACACCCAGUCGUCCCUCCUCUACCUCCUGCUAGAGACUUUAGGAGUGAAAGAUGUCCACGCAGAUCAUGCUGCCAGCCAUAUUGGUAAAGCACAAGGGAUUGUGACGUGUCUGCGAGCCACACCGUACCACAGCCAGAAACGCAGAGUCUAUCUCCCCAUGGACAUCUGCAUGCUGCACGGCGCCUCUCAGGAGGACUUCAUCCGUGGCAGCAGGGAGCAGAAUGUCAGGGAUGUUGUGUAUGACAUUGCCAGUCAAGCACAUGUUCAUCUCCAACAUGCGAGAUCAUUCAGUAAAAAUGUUCCAGACGCCGCCAUGCCUGCUUUCCUGCAAACGGUUGCUAUUGAUGAUUAUCUGGAGAGAGUGAGGAAAGUAGACUUCGAUGUUUUCCAUCCCUGUCUUCAGAGGAGGAAUCCACUGAUACCAAUUCAACUUUAUUUCCGAUCAUGGAAGAAAAAAUACUGAUGUUUUGUCAGAAAUAGCUCCUCUAAUUUAUACGGUUAUAUUCUUAUUACAACUGCCAAUCCAAGUACUAACUCCCUGUGUUGCAGGAAAUAUCUAUAUAGAUGUAAAACACUUAUGUAAAAAAAAAAAAUCCACUUUUUCUGAUUGUAUGCAGUAUUUUCUUCAAAACAUGUUAGGCAUUGGAAAGAACUUUUACAUUACAAAUCCAAAUCAGUAUCAGUAAUGAAACAGGAUAAUAACGUACAGCACUGUGUCUGCCCUGUCUGUGUAAAUUAGGUGUUUGAUAUUCAACACAAAACUUUUUAAUCUAAAUUAUGCAGUACACAGGAAACUCCAAAGUUCAUGCACCUCCGAGAAAUUAUGCAUAGUUUGUAUGCAAUGAAAACAGGUUUGGAAAUUUUGAGUUGUCUGUGUUUUUCUUUUGAUUUGUUGUCUAAUGUGUUGAAUAAGCUUUCAGAAUGAUAGUCUAGCAGCUUUUUUUAAUUAUUUAUUUAACUUGAAGCAUGAAUAGAAUGAAUAAUUUACCUUUUUAAAAUUCACACACACACACACACACAAACACCUUGCUCUAAAUAGAGGACACAGCCAUAAAAUGACACAAAGUCUUAUUUUUGUAUAUAGUGAAUAUCUAAAAAGUGUAUUAUCUGAGAAUUAAAAGGAACCAGUGUGAGUCAGAUGUGCACUGAAUAACAUUUUUAAGCAACUGCAGGUUUUGUCCAUGGGUUUCAGAUGGCUUGGUUUCAGCGUGUAGCACUGUAGAAGCUGAACGCUGUCAUGGUGAUUGGCUGCAGUCACUGCAGUAGCACGGCAUGCUGCAGACUCGCUGAAGAUGGCACUCAGAGCAGAUAAAUAAAAGCACAUUUAGUGUGUCCUGUUCCAAUUUGUCUUGUACUUGAUUAUCAGCCCACUCCUUUGUGUAGCUGUGGUGCUGCUUUUUGUCUCUGCCUUUCAAGCUUCAAAACAUUACGCACAAAAUGUUUGAGUAUGAUUCGAUUCAGCUUACUCCCAAUUAGUUCUCUAUUGUAAUUAGAAAAUAUGGAAGAUAAGGAUUACCCCAAAAUUCAAAAAGUAAUUAGGAAAUUUGAAAAAAAAAAUGGAAAUGCUUAAAAUAAGUGUCAGAAAAGAAGGAAUGGACUAAUACAUUAAUGACGUUGCUUUUGAUGAACUUAAACCAGUUUAUUAAGUGCACUGGACUACAGAGGUGUGGGGGAAAAAAGCGAUGGUCAGAUGAAGCAACUUAGUAGUCGAGUGCAUAUGUGGUAUACACCAAGAGAACGGUACGGGACUGAACACUUGAUCACUAUGCUGAAGAGAUUCUCUGGCUCUGUUAUGUUGUGGGAAAUAUUUUGCUGCCAUGGUUUGAUUCCACUUGAGUCCUCUUAGUAUACAGCUUCCCAUCACUGUUCCUGCAGUACUCCCUGUCCUGCGCAUUUUAUUGUUUUCCCUUACACCACUUCAACUUAGGAAGGUUUUUUCUUUAGCUGAUUAGUUGAAUCAGGUGUGUUAGAGCAGGAAGGGCAGUAAAACAUGCAGGACAGGGGGUUCUCCAGAGAGGGAGUUGAGAGCCUGCACUUUAGAGUGAAGGAUCACGGUAAAUCGAUAAGUUAUUCUGACUGACAACCUUUAUCCUGUGAUGAAACAUGGCCUUUUAUUUUGGACUUUUUUGAUUUAUCUUUUCUCUCCCUUUUUUUCCUGUUAUAUGUUCCAUUUACUUCACUUACUGAAAACUGUCACUGACAUUGACUGCACUCUCACUAGUCAUUGCGGGAGUGCUGUGAUGCAUAGUGCUCUGCCCGGCCAUUUUGCAGUAAGUAUAAGGGCAGUUCUGAUUGCACCUGGUGGACCUCAGGCAACAAUUUGCCCCAAUUUGAUGUCCUGCCACAAGUGAUUAUCUUAAGCAAGACCAUGUUUCCUGUAUAACCAGGACAGUAGUGAUGUGGUCUGGAGAACUUGAAUGAACUCCAGUGCUGCAAUGAAGUUAUAAAACCAGGCUCCAGGCUUCAUCUAUUGCAAGACAUUAGCUGUAGCCUAGUAAUUAGAACAGCUUGGUGAAAAAUCAAACACCUACACAAAACAUAAUCAGUCAUCCAAGACGUACAACAUGCUUCUUUAGUACUGCCUUGGAGCCAAGAGGGUUAUGUAGCUAACAGAUAAUGGAUGUCUGUCUCUAAAAUAAUUUCCACACAAACUGUAAAUGUAUUCCAGAAACCACAGUCUUGCCGAUGUUUCAGCACACAGUAUAACUUUUUAAUUUUUUAAUUUUCAAAUUCGUGGCAUUCUGCAGGAGAUAAGAGAUCUGGAUAAACUAAAGGACUACUGUGUAAACUAAAGCUGCUGCAUCGCUCUUUUUAGGUAAAGACGACACGAGAUAAACUACAAAUGUCAACUCUAAUUCAUUACAAAAUAAAUCUCAGAUGCCAUUGAAGACCAUGUUAAUUAUACAGAUUAAUAUGCAAAUUGCUCAGGGUGGAUUUUGGAUUAAUGAGAUUCUGGACCACACGCUGGGCCAGAAAAGGUCUGU